CAAGAAAACAAUCUGAGCCUCUAAUCCGCCCAUCAGCCGAGGAUCCUCAGAGCUCCGUUUCUUUCACCGACCCUGAACGCAGCACGGCUCCCGGGACUAACAGCUUACCAUCGUCUGCUUCGUCGCCUGCUUCGUCGUCUGCUUCAUCGUCUGCUUCGUCGCCUGCUUCGUCGUCUGCUUCAUCGUCUGCUUCAUCGUCUGCUUCAUCGUCUGCUUCAACGUCUGCUUCAUCGUCUGCUUCAACGUCUGCUUCAUCGUCUGCUUCAUCGUCUGCUUCAUCGUCUGCUUCUUCGUCUGCUUCAUCGUCUGCUUCGUCGCCUGCUUCAUCGUCUGCUUCGUCACCUGCUUAAUCGUCUGCUUCGUCACCUGCUUCGUCAUCUGCUUCUUCGUCUGCUUCGUCGCCUGCUUAGUCGCCUGCUUCUUCGUCUGCUUCUUCGUCUGCUUCGUCGUCUGCUUCUUCGUCUGCUUCGUCGUCUGCUUCUUCGUCUGCUUCGUCGUCUGCUUCUUCGUCUGCUUCGUCGCCUGCUUCGUCACCUGCUUCUUCAUCUGCUUCUUCGUCUGCUUCGUCGCCUGCUUCUUCAUCUGCUUCGUCACCUGCUUCAUCACCUGCUUCUUCGUCUGCUUCGUCGCCUGCUUCGUCGCCUGCUUCUUCAUCUGCUUCUUCGUCUGCUUCGUCGCCUGCUUCGUCGCCUGCUUCUUCGUCUGCUUCGUCGUCUGCUUCGUCACAUGCUUCGUCGCCUGCUUCGUCGCCUGCUUCGUCGCCUGCUUCGUCGCCUGCUUCUUCGUCUGCUUCUUCGUCUGCUUCGUCCUCUUCAUCUACUUCGUCGCCUGCUUCGUCGCCUGCUUCGUCACCUGCUUCGUCGUCUGCUUAUUCGUCUGCUUCGUCGCCUGCUUCGUCACCUGCUUCUUCGCCUGCUUCGUCGUCUGCUUCUUCGCCUGCUUCGUCGUCUGCUUCGUCGUCUGCUUCGUCAUCUGCUUCAGGUCCAGUAAAACUUUCUCACUUUUAUCCUCAGCUUCUUUCUCCAGUCUCUCAGUGGAGAUCCAUCAUGUCACGGGACCGCGGUCGGACCUGGACUGCGGUCGGACCUGGACUGCGGUCGGACCUCUGUGGUACUCUCAGUCUUCACAUUUUCCGCGAGGUGCUCGGUCGGGUGGAUAAUAAUAAUUCUUAUUAAUUAUGACGGUUGAACAUCUUCAGCACUGAAACCAGCUAGAACACUCUGGACUGGAGACGUGACUCCAGACAAACAUUAAAGGUAAAGUUUGAUUACAAUAUCUCUCUAAAAAUGUUAGACAGGAAGUCAGACAGGAAAUCAGACAGGAAGUUAGACAGGAAGUCAGACAGGAAGUUAGACAGGAAGUCAGACAUGAAGUC